AUGUCAGGAAGAACAUCAAAAAAAUUUGAUGAGACAGGUUCUGUGGAAGAUACACCUCGAAGUGGUAGACCAACAUCAAGAAAUACAGAAGAAAAUAUGGAACUUGUUUCUCAAAGUUUUCUUCUUAAUCCGCAAGCGUCACAAAGACGUGCAGCACGUGAACUUGAUAUCUCACGUUCAAGGUUACAACGUAUCAUGAAAGAUCUCCAUUUGAAACCGUACAAAUCGAGAUUAUUACAAGCCUUAUGA